UCUCGGUCGGAUAAUCGGGGCUUGCCGGGAAGCAGGACCGAUUGGCGGAGGGGUGCCCCGCCCCCGGGCGAUAUUGACCGGAAGAUGGAAUUGAUCAGCUGACUGGGGAGUCGGUGCCCAGGGCGUGACACUGAUCAGAGGAAAGUGACUCAUUGACUGGGAAAUUGGUCGGGUUCAGGGAGAACGGGGGCCCAGGAGGGCUUGGCCGGGUGGGUGAUUUGCCCGGGGGUCCAUUGAAAUUGAUCCGAAAAACUGACUGUGGCCGGGUGAUCGGGAGUCACUGAUCGGCCGGUGAGAGGGGAGACCCGCCGGCCCAUCGGAGACCCCUGCGGGGAGACGACUGAGCCGUUUCUCUCGCCCUCCGCGGGGAUCGGUCGGUCUCUGCGCCCGGCGUGGGGCGAGCUCCCAGCCAUGGCGGGUCCCUCCUCCUUCGGCAGAUACACCCACGCCAUCGUCCGCAGCGUCCCGGACUCGCUGGCCGCCCAGCCGGACGGGGACGGGGCGGAGCCGGUGGACCUGGCCAAGGCGCACCGGCAGUACGGGGUCUACACCGGCAUCCUGCGGCAGAAGCUGGGGCUGCAGGUGAUCGAGCUGGCGGCGGACGAGGGGCUGCCCCGCUCGGUGCUGGUGGAGGACGCGGCCGUGAUACAGGGCGAUACGGCGCUCGUCACCCGGCCCUGGGAGCCGGCGCGGCGCGGAGAGAUCAGCAGCAUCAAGAAGGUCCUGGAGGAACUGAAGAUGCGGGUGGUGGAGGUGACGGACGAUGGGGCCACCUUGGACGGCAGCGACGUGCUCUUCACAGGUCGAGAGUUCUUUGUGGGCAUCUCCAAAUGGACCAAUCACCGAGGGGCGGAGGUGGUGGCGGAUGCUUUUCGGGAUUUUGCUGUCUCCACGGUCCCCGUGACGGGCUCCUCCCAUCUGAAGAGUUUCUGUAGCAUGGCUGGGCCGGACACAAUCGCCAUUGGAAGCAGUGAGGCUGCCAAGAAAGCCAUGAGGAGCAUGGAGCAGCUGACCGAUCACCACUACGACACGCUGACGGUGCCGGACGACCCCGCCGGGAACUGCGUCUACGUGCGCCUGGGGCCCAAGGGCUGCGCCCUGCUCCACCGCAGCCCCGAGGAGUUCCCCAGCAGCCUGCUGCCCUUCCAGAAGCUGGCCGACCUCACCCUGAUCCCUGCCGCCUGCAGCGAGGUGGCCAAGCUGGGGGGGACCCUCAGCUCCUGCUCCCUUCUCAUCAACAAGAAGCUCGACCGCUAGUGCCUCCGGCCCCCCCAGCUACGGGGGGGAGCCUCUGACCCCCCCCAUCCUCCCUAUGUGCCCAUCUUACCCAGCCCAUGCCCUGUACCCCCAAACCUCAGGGCACCCCUCAACUUACUGCCCAUCUGGGAAGUGGUGAUCACCCUUCCCCCUACUGCCUCCCCACCUGCCUGGAAAGUGGGGUCCCCCAAGCCCCCAGAAGCCGGGGGGGCAUAUUUGGAACCUACCACAUCAUGCGGACCCUGAAAAUAAUGGGGUCCUGCCUUCUUGGGAGGUGGAGAGCAGGGGGUCUCCAUUAGCAGGAGAGGGUGGAAGCCCAUUGGGUGGGGCCUCCAAAUUGUUGGGGGUCCCUUUGUUCCUUCUCCAGGAGCAACGGCGGGUGGGACCCAUCUAUACUUAGUGGGUGGCCUGGGGAGGGAGGUGUUACAUCCCCAUAUGGGGGUUUGGGGAACCCAGCUAUGUCCCGCUGGGAUAGUGGAGGGUUUGGGGGACCCUGAUUUAUCAUGCCACCGGGGGGGGAGGUGUGGGGGAUACAGGCAUGUUAUACCACGCAAUGGGACCCCAAUAUUGAAGCCACGGCAUUGGAGGACCCCCGAUACCUGAGAGCCCUGAAUUAGGGGGGACCUUUCACUGUGGUUAGGAUCUUCCAGCCCCCCUCUGCCAUUCAUCCACUAAUCUAUGGUGCUGGUGUUUUGGGGGUAACCCCUCUCACCCCCUUGAAACACAACUCGCUCCCCACUGCCACACCCCAAUAGCACGACCCCUUCCCCCGUUAGCAGUAGCAACUGUGGGUCCUUGGGGCUGACGGUUGGUGGUAGCGCUGGGAUACCAGGCUGGCUAGGCCUGCUGUGGGGCAGCUGGGGAUCCCAGACCUCUAGCUAUGUAAGGGUGACUGCCCCCCCAAAGACAGGGGUGCCUUGUGUGUGUGUUAGAGUAGUUAGGGGGGCUCCUAGGAGCCCCUGGUGAUGUGGAGUAGGAGCGCCCCCGAGGGCAGAGCCAGGGUGUUGAUCCAGAGGGAGGGGGUGUUUAGCUUCUCACUGCCUCUGAGAUCUUUGACACAAUAAAGAAUUGAACCAAUUUA